AUGACUCUUCAAGAAACUGUCACCUCGAUACUUACGGCGGCAAAACUGCUUUAUCAGGCUUUUCGAGAUUGCCCAUCACCAGACGAAGUCGUUGUUUACGUCACAUUAAGUGAGCAAAAACAACCGUGGGUGCUCUUAACAAACCAAUCUCAUUUCUAUUGGUAGUCAAAACUAACCACACAUGCUUCUGAGCUGCAGAAACAUCUAAAAACAUUACUGUUUGAGCAAAACAUUGAAAAAGAAAUCAAAACAGUCGCGUUAACACGAGAGACUUCUCGAGUUAUUUAUGAAAAUGCCGUUCAACUAAGUGUUCAUGAAAAUCAAGCGGAGGCUAAGGAAGCCGAGCGAUUCGCACUUUAUAUUUUUGAUUCCUGCUCAAGUGCUGAAGGGCGCGUUUCUAACGAAGAUUUAACUAAACUAUUUCCACACGUUCUACCUCUUCCUCACGUGAUUAAAAAAACGGUUUUGUAUUCAUCUCGACGCCCAGUGAAGUUUCCCAGGCUUGCAGAAAACGUUGUCGAACACAGCCAAGCCCCUGAUAAAACGCUUCGUUUACGAGGAAAUACCCUAUUUAAAAAGGGAUGUUAUAAAGAAGCCGUUCAAAUUUACACAAACGCCCUUGAAGCAUACGAGGAAGGGAAACAACCAGAUCCCCGUUUGCUUAAUAAUCGAGCAGCUGCAUAUCUUAAACUGGAAAAAUUUCAACAAUGUUUUCAAGAUUCCGAAGAUUACAUUAAGAUUCUUCCCACUUGCUGGAAGGGAUACACGAGGAAAGCAUUAGCUCUUAACGGACUUGGAUUGCGUUUGUCCGCCAUGUGUUCUGCAGCUAUCGUGUAUUGUCAUGAUGCAAGCUGUUGUCGUCGUUAUGAGUUAUUUUCCGUCGAGUUUAAAGACCUGGAUGGAAAUUGGGAAGUUGUUGAUUCCUCUGAGACCCUCAAGUACUCUCUGAGUAAAUAUCAAGGAUUUUAUUCAAGGAAAAUAAUCCUUCUUAAAAAUGCACAAUAUGAUUUAAGCGACGUCGAUAAAAUUGCAGAUAUCACAUUAGCUGCUCUUGAGAGUGAGUCAGAUGUCACCAUUAAAUGUAAUGAGCUUGUUAUGAACAAUGAGUAUUUUUUCCAAAACAUCACUUUUCACCAAGGUUUACAGUUUCUGUUCACACAGACAAUAGUGUGGAGUUCUACAAAUGCAGUUUUGCAAGCCCUGCAUCACAAGAAGUUGCGUUAUCUAUUCAAAAUGGAUUCGCGACGUUCUUAGAAUGCCAAGUCAGAGACUGCAAAGGAGGUGGAAUACUCAUACGAGGACCCACCUCUUCAGCUGCAUUGAUCAAAUGUGAAAUCAGUGGAUGCAACGGAAGCGGCAGGGUAGGCGAACAAAUCAGCGGGGUAAAGUUGUUAAACGAAGGACGCUUAGUGGUUCAUGACUGUCGCAUUUAUGGCAACGACAGGGGAGUUACCAUUGACAGGGGCCCGUUGGACUUAUGCAUUUCAGCCAGUGGUGCAAAAAUAACAAACUGUGAGAUCUAUGAUAACAAUUCUGAAGGUAUUCUUGUUCACGGAUAUUCAGGGGGUUCGUAUGAUUUUACUUUCGUUACUAUGCGUAGGAACAAAAUUUUCCACAAUGGCACGUUUGGCGUCCGUGCGUCCAUGGAUGUCAAUAACAUUAUGUUUGAAGGCAACAUGGUUUUUGAGAACCUUUGGUGGGGGAUUUGUGUUCACAAUAACUCUGGCGGUGUCUAUGAAGACAACGAGAUUUGUAACAACAAAAUGGGUGGUAUAAAAGUCGGCCGCCGAAGUCCAGGAAAGACACCCUGUGUAGUAGUAAACAAUGUCCUCCACAACAACUGCGGACCAGCAUUUGACGAAGGACUUCGGCCAUUCGAAAGGGCAUCUUUCCCAGAGGAAUUACAAAGGUAUUUCCCUGAAAAAUCCCAAAGAGGUGAAGACGGAUCCGAGUUAAUUGUGUCUGUUCCGAAUGUAGCGCUUGCCGAGUUUGGCCAAAACCGUUGUGAAAACAAUGAGUUUGGACAGGUAUCCUUCAAGGAGGCUGCCAAAAUGUCACAGUGGGUCCUCUGCUUUCGAAGUAAUAUGAACGUGAAGCGAUGCACGGGGUGUAUGACAGCAACGUAUUGUGGCACAAAAUGCUUAACACUUCACUGUAAAUAA